AUGCUUAUCGUCGACAUUAGGAGUUCAACAGUGUGUCAACUUGAUUUACAAGGAUAUGAUGCAUGUUCGUACAAUGAAUGGUGGUUCAAUGAUAAACAGUGUGCUAGAUGCCGUACUUCACCAAUUGGCAAUCAAUGUGAAGUGCUUCGAAUUCGAGUUAAACAUCGAAUGUCUAUUCUUGAUCUUAUUAAUCGGAUGACAAAUCUUCGAGCAUUGAAGUUCGAAUGUUCAGAUGAUCGAUGGCAUGAAUCUUGUGUCUUACCAUCAUUAUUAGACGAUGAAUUCGUCGAAUGGUUGACUAAUUGUGUACCAUCGACGUGGAAGAUCGCAAGAUAUGCUCGUCUCCUUGACUCUGUCCAGGUGUGGAUCUCUCGAUGA